AGGAACUGCUUUCCCGGCUCCGCUCUGGGGGCGUCCGGCGCCAUGGGGCCAGCUGCCUCCCCGCUCCCCAGGUCUCCUGUCGCACUUGCCCCGCAGCUGCUGGCUCUCGGGGGUAGGGGGGGGAAGGGCCCAGGUGGGUCUGGCCCCCCCGCCCCCCCCCCCAGCUUCCAGGGCCAUCCGUGGGGCUGUGCCUGUCCCGGGGGGAGCCCUGGCCCCUCUGUCCACACCCAGCCUUGGGCUGCUGUGUCCCUCCCCCGGGGGGGGCCUGCGUGGGGGCGACGCCCAGCGGGGGUGGUGGGGCACCCCCAGCAAACACUGUGUCCCCCCGGGGCCACCAGGGGCCUUCAAGCAGGAGGUAUUUCCCGCCCCCCCCCCCCCCCCCCCCCCCGCGGUGCUCGCACAAGCGUGUGCCACCUCCCAGCGUGACAGUGCUGCCGCGUUACUGUCCCACUGUCGUCCUGGCACCACACACGCACGCUCGCACGCAGCCCGUGCUCCCACCCUGCCACGCGUGUGUUACACCCCGUCACCCUGCACGCGGUCGCACUGGCGUGUCGCUCAUACAGGUGUGUCGUGCUGUCACACACGCGUGUCACGCCGUCACACAGGUGUGCCGUGCCCCCUCACCCCCUGCUCACCCACGCGUGUCACGGCCCCCGCCACGCACGCGUGUUGUGGUGCCGCCCAUAUGCGCCCUGACCCGUCGCCCCGCGCACGCCGGCACACCUGCCGCAGCCCACCGCCGCGCGCGGCCACGCGCUCCUGUCGCGCUGUCACACGCACGUGCGUCACGCCUCAUCGCCCCACGCGGUCGCGCGCGCGCGCGUCGUGCCGUCACGCGGGUGUGCCGCCCCCCCCCCCCCCCCCCCACGCGGUCACACCCGCGCGUCGCGCUGUCACACGCGCGCCCCGCCCUCGCGCGCCGCGUCACGCGCCGGCUGUCACACGCGCGUCGCGCGCCCGCCCACUCCCACCGGCGCUCGGCGCUCGACUGCCCGCGCCUGGCGGGGCGGGGGCGGGGCGGUGCAUCCCCGGGAUCUCGCGGCCCCAUUGUGUGCGCGGGCGGGGCGGUCUCCGGCCGGGACCCGCCCCUCGCCCCGCCCCCUCCGCCCCCCCCCCCCCCCGGCGGCCGCGCGCGCUGAAAAUCCCGCGCAGCUUCCGCGCAGCCGCGCGCGCCCGGCGCCGCCAGGGCCAUUUUGGGGCCGAUCGAGACGCCCCGGUUGAGGGUGACGCCGUCCCGCCGCCGAUGAACUCCAUGAACCCCAUGAAACCCUCCACCCCCCACGGUGAUGGUUCAUUUGCAUACGAGGCCGUUCCUUGGCAACCGAGCACCAAUCAGCCAGCGGGAUCCCUCUCCGUGGUAACCACCGUCUGGGGGGUCAGCAACACCUCCCAGAGCCAGGUUUUCGGCAGCCCCAUGGGUCCUGGGGGGAGCAGCUCCAGCACCCCGCUGCUGCCCGGGAUGGCCAGCACUGGUUCAGGGAUGAGCUCGCCGCCGUUCCUGCCGCAGCAGCCCUUUGCUGAGGGAGCGACCGGGAAGGGCUACGUGCAACCGGGCGUCUAUGGCCGGAGCAGCUAUCCUGGUGGGACAGGCUUUGCCGCCAGCUUCGCUGGUAGCCCUGGUGGCCCCAGCGGGAUGGGGCUCCCCUCGCAUGCCGGCCGGCCUCCCACCGACUUCACCCAGGCGGCUGCUGCCGCCGCCGUGGCUGCUGCUGCCGCUACUGCCACGGCCACGGCUACGGCGACAGUGGCAGCACUGCAGGAGAAGCAGAGCCAGGAGCUGAGCCAGUAUGGCACGAUGGGCGCAGGGCAGCCCUUCGGCAGCCAGUUCCUGCCCCACGCCGGACCCCGCGGCCCUGCCGGCAUGAGCCCAGCUGGCAUGGCAGGUGUCAUGGCUUCCUCUGGCGUCUCCCCCGUCAGCAUGAGCCCUGUGCGGACACCCGGUGCCGGCCCCCUGUACAGCGGGCAGCGGGUGCCCCAGCACAGCUACCCCGGCCCCCCCCCAAGCCAGCAGCUCCCCCGCCAGGGCCUCAAGCGGGCGUACUCCAGUGAGGGAUAUGCGGCGCAGCAGUACCUCCAGGGCGGGCAGUACGCUGCAGCUGGUGCCCAGUACGCCCCCAGCGCCCCCCAGCCCUCUGCCCCGUCCCCCUCCUACCCUGGCCACAGGCUGCAGCAGGGCAUAGGCCAGUACCUCUCUGCCUCGGGCAACGCUGGACCCUAUUACAAGCCAGCUGACCAGUUCAAUGGGCAGAGCGUUGGCUUCACCACCUACAGCCAGGCGGCCGUUAACGGGCCGGGCCGGUCGCUGCCGGGGUACCCCAGCUCGCCGCUGGCCGGGAACCCCACGCCGCCCAUGGCGCCAGGCAGCGGCAUCCCCCCCUACGCAUCCCCGGGUCAGGAUGUCAAGUCGCCCUUCCUGACGGACAUGAAGCCCAGCGUCACCUCCCUGCACCCAUCCCCCUCGGGGCCGGCGCCCGGGGAGGAGCUGCGGCUGACCUUCCCGGUGCGGGACGGCGUGGUGCUGGAGCCCUUCCGCCUGCAGCACAACCUGGCCGUCAGCAACCACGUCUUCCAGCUGCGUGACUCUGUCUACAAGACCCUCAUGAUGAGGCCUGACCUGGAGCUGCAGUUCAAGUGCUACCACCACGAGGACCGCCAGAUGAACACCAACUGGCCGGCCUCCGUCCAGGUCAGCGUCAACGCCACACCGCUCACCAUCGAGCGCGGUGACAACAAGACCUCCCACAAGCCGCUCUACCUGAAGCACGUCUGCCAGCCCGGCAGGAACACCAUCCAGAUCACUGUCACCGCCUGCUGCUGCUCCCACCUCUUUGUCCUGCAGCUGGUGCACCGGCCCUCGGUGCGCUCAGUGCUGCAGGGUCUCAUCAAGAAGCGCCUGCUCCCUGCCGAGCACUGCAUCACCAAAAUCAAGCGCAACUUCAGCAGCGGGACCAUCCCAGGGACCCCGGGGCCCAAUGGCGAGGAUGGCGUGGAGCAGACAGCCAUCAAGGUGUCCCUCAAGUGCCCCAUCACCUUCCGGAGGAUUCAGCUCCCAGCCAGGGGCCACGACUGCCGGCACAUACAGUGCUUCGACCUGGAGUCCUACCUGCAGCUCAACUGUGAGAGGGGGACGUGGCGGUGUCCUGUCUGCAAUAAGACGGCUCUGCUGGAGGGGCUGGAGGUGGACCAGUACAUGCUGGGCAUCCUGAUCUACAUCCAGAACUCAGAGCACGAGGAGAUCACCAUCGACCCGACCUGCAGCUGGAAGCCCGUCCCGGUCAAACCCGACGUCCACGUCAAGGAGGAGCCGGAGGGGCCGGCAAUGAAGCGGUGCCGGACCCUCAGCCCCACGCACAUGGUGCUGCCCAACAUCAUGGAGAUGAUCGCGGCGCUGGGGCCCGGCUCCGUGCCCUUCCCGGCGCUGCCGCCGCCACCGCCCGCGGGGGCCACCACCGACUACGGUGCCCCGGGUCCCAGCUUUCCAGGGCCCGGGGGGUUCCCUGAGCCGUUCCCUCCCCCCGGCACCCCGACGCUGAGCGAUUUCACGCCGGGACCCCCCCCCAUCUCCUACCAGUCUGACAUCCCCGGUGGCCUCCUGCCCCCCGAGAAGCCCCCCGCGCAGCUGCCCCCGCCGGGGCGGAUGGAGCCCUCCCACCCCCCGGUGCAGCCGGGGCUGCACAACACCCCCCCGGGCAGCCAGCCGCCACAGCCGCUGCACCACCGGAGCGCACCAGCGCGGCCCCCCCCGGGCCCCCCCGCCGCCGACCUCGCCUUCCCUCCGGCUAUGGCCGGGCCGGGCGACGGCGCCGAGCCUGCCCUGGACCUGCUGCCCGAGCUGACGAACCCCGACGAGCUGCUCUCCUACCUGGGCCCCCCCGACCUCCCCGCCAGCAGCAACGACGACCUCCUCUCCCUCUUCGAGAACAACUAAGCCAUCCAUCCAUCCUGCCCCCCCCCGCCCCCGCCACCACGGACCCCGCCACGGGGCCGGGGGGUGGGGAAGCACCGGCGUGCCCCUGCCGCCGCGGAGCCGGGACAACCCCCCCAAAAGGGGGUUUCCCCUGAAGGGACAGACGGACGGGCUCGCCUCCGCCCUCAGAAGCACAAGGCUGUACAUAGUGUAGAAACACUACUGCCCCCCCCGCGACCCCCACCCCUUAUUUAAAGGCAAGUGCGUCGCCGCGGGGCCGCACCGCGCCGCUGUAUAAAUGUGCAUAACGCCGCCCCCCCGGCGGGGGCGGGGAGGACGGUGGGGCUCGGCCCCGCCGCCCCCCCCGCCGCCACCGCCCCCCUCCCUCCCUCCCUCCCUCCCCCCACCCCCCCCCCCGCCGCCGCCGAGCUCCCUGUACCGCGUCCUUAUCGCUGCCUAUUAAAG